CAAGCUUGGCAGUCGGAGAGGACGGGCUGGCGGCAGGUGGAAGGGGGCGCAGGAGCCAGGGACCGCGGAGCCAGCCCUUUGGCCCCCAGGAGCCGGAGGAGAGUCUCGAGCCGGCGUUCUAGAGAGACACGAUGGAUAUCGACAGUGAGGACCCGAUCCCUCAGCCCAGCCCCCUCGGGGACGGCAUGGAGACCCCGCAGCCUUCGCUGAUGGCAGCUGAGGAAGAGGAGGAAGGGGAGGAGGAGGAGGCGUCGGAGGGGGCGGGCACCUCGGUGGAGCCAGAGGUGGGGUCCGCGGCAGAAGAGGCCACAACGGUCGGACGUGGGCCAUCUGAGACGGCUGCCCGGAGGUCGGGCCUGCGGCUCGCAGACCGAAUCAUGCACGUGGUGGAAAGCUCCCCAGAGAAACAAGGCAUCUCCCUGUAUGCGUUAAAACGAGCGGUCGGUGCUUCGGGGUACGACGUCAGCAGGAACAGAGUCAGAUUUAAGAGGGCCCUCAAGCAUCUGGUGGACACGAGAGUUUUGAAGAAGGUGUCGGGAAAUGGGCUCAAUGGCUCCUUCAGGAUGGGCAAAAAGGGGCUGAAAAACAAGAAGAGGGGCUCGGACUCCCAGGCCCGGCCAGCCCCGUCGGCUUCACGUGCCGUAGAGCUCUCGCAGGCUACUCGGGCCCCGCAGGCCCCAGAAGGUCCAGGGGCCCUGGAGCAGUUUCCUCAGACGGCACAGGCCCCAAGCGCAGGCCCGGGGUCAUCGGAUAUCGAGGCCCCGCUGGCAGACGUAUCGGUGGAGAGCUGAGGGAGGCCCGCUGUCAGUCCAAGGCGGGAACCGAGCCAUGAAAUAAAAGAAAUGGUCUAUUUCA